AUGUACAACAAGAAAGCGAGGAUAGCGGAGCCAUGCUACGUCCUCGGCGUCGGCAUGACCAAGUUCAUCAAGCCUCGCGGGAAGGUCGACUACACCGAGCUCGGUUUCGAAGCCGGUGUCAAGGCCAUGCUGGACGCACACAUCAACUACGACGACGUAGACCAGGCGGUAGCAUGCUACUGCUACGGCGACAGCACCUGCGGCCAGCGCGUGUUCUACCAAUUCGGCAUGACCCAAAUUCCCAUUUAUAACGUCAACAACAACUGCUCGACUGGAUCGACGGGCUUGUAUAUGGGACGAAGCCUGAUCGGCCAUGGCGCCGCAGACUGUGUUUUGGUCAUUGGAUUCGAGAAGAUGUUCCCAGGCAGCUUGCAGUCGUUCUUCCAGGAUAGGGAGAAUCCGACAGGGACGACAAACAAGAUUAUGAAGGAGACGAGGGGCAUUACGAGUGCGCCUGGCGCUGCGCAGCUGUUUGGCAAUGCUGGACGGGAGUAUAUGGAGAAGUACGGCGCAAAGGCCGAAGACUUUGCAGAAAUCGCCCGCGUCAACCAUGCCCACUCGAAGAACAACCCCUAUUCGCAGUUCCAACAGCAGUACACUUUGGAGGAAAUACAGAAGUCGCCAAUGAUCCACGAACCUCUGACCAAGCUGCAAUGCUGCCCAACCUCAGACGGCGGAGCAGCAGCCGUGCUCGUAUCCCAAGCCUUCCUCGACGCUCAUCCCGAACUAAAGUCCCAAGCCAUCCUCAUUGCCGGGCAAUGCAUGGCCACCGACUCACCGAACCUCUUCAACAAGAGCGCCAUCGAGCUCGUCGGCUACAGCAUGUCCAAGCACGCCGCCAAGGAGGCCCUGGCAGAAGCAAAGGUGUCACCAAAGGACAUCCGCGUCUGCGAGCUGCACGACUGCUUCUCCGCAAACGAGAUGUGCACCAUCGACGCGCUCGGCUUGUGCGAGCCGGGUAAAGCCCACGAGAUGGUGCGCGCCGGCGACAUCACGUACGGCGGCAAAUGCGUCAUCAACCCGUCCGGCGGCCUCAUCAGCAAGGGCCAUCCGCUCGGUGCGUCCGGUCUCGCGCAAUGUGCGGAGCUGGUAUGGCAUCUGCGUGGCUGGGCCAACAACCGCUAUGUUGACGGCGUGAGCGCUGCGCUGCAGCAUAACCUUGGUCUGGGCGGAGCGGUGGUGUGCUCGGUGUACAAGCGCGCGGAUGGGAAGUCGAACAGCAAGUUGUCGGAUGAGGAGAUCAAGAAGCAGACGGGCUUGGGCUAUAAUCCUGCGGUUGAGGCGAAGGGGUUUACGAAGGAGCAGGCGGAUGCGGUGAGGUCUAAGAAGGCGAGGAGUGAUUGGGCGCUUCAGGACGUGGAACAGAAGGUUGAGGCGCGCUUCUGA